AGAAAGCUUGUGAACGGGCAUCUUGAUUCAGUCUCAAGAGUUUUAUCUAGAUGACAACAUCUUGCUUCUGAGAGAUUUGCCUUUGAGCAUUAGGACACAAACCACUUCAGUAUUCAUCUUCAAGGAAAUCUGCUGGACGUAGUGAAUAAUGAGACUCCUCAGCAUUUGGAGGUUUGGACAAACACGACAGUUACCACAAAAUCACAUGCAGCCGCAACUUCAACAGAUAAGUGCAUAUUUAGGGCAAGGAAAAUAUUUUGGUGUUGUAAUGCCAUCUCAAAUAAAAGAACAACAGCUUUAUCUUUUAAUUUAUGGUACUGUGGUACUUGGUUAAACAUUGCUGGAGAUUUAGUGCUAAGAGUACCUGCAAUGCUAAGUAGAAAUGACCUUUAGAGCAGUGCCAUUGUUCAGGUAUCUUUUCAGUAGGUAGGUCUAGUGCUCAAGCUGAGAUUUUUUUAAGAUUGUGUUGUUGUUGUGUUACUUGAAGCUUAACAUUGUAAACAUCUCCCACCUAAUUAGCAGCGCUGCACGUGACUGUCAGGUUACUUGGCAAAUAGGUUGGCUUUGUUCUGACCCCGCUUAGUAUGUUUAAUGUUUCUGCGGCUAAUUAAAGACCCACAAGAUUUCUUAUUGGGAAAAGGGUAAUUGUGCCAGUGGGCCUAACAGUGCAAGGUCUGACAUAGGCUGCCGCGGCUUUACUUCGUGUGUAUAACUGAUGUCUGUGUGUGCAGUGACUUUUACCUGGCCUGUUGUUUCUGCUGUGCCCACCUGUGCUGCUGUAUGAAUGUGGAAUACCUGUUUGGCGCUUAGAAAUAUUUGGCUGCUCUGCUACUUCACGUAACUAGUUAGAUGCCCAAAAUCUGCUGCUGGAAGCAAAAAGAUUGAGAGAUUCGUAGUUGCCCAUGGACUUGUUGUUUACUCUGAAAGAAGGUGUAUUUUCACAUCCCAUUAAUUAUGUAGCCAGUGUAAAUCAGGAUAGCUGGACUGCUGUCGAUAUACUCAUCCUAAAUUAUAUCAAAGUUCUGGUCUAUUUGUUCUCUAGCUUAUUGGCGGGUCUAAGAUGAUGUGAUGAUAAUGAAGCACAGUGGUUAGGCUGUCACUGGUUUUGAAGGAGUUCACCUGUGUAAAGCCGAAGAAUGCAGUUAAAUCUAAAUUUAUAUCACGGUGCAACUUAGAGGCAGAUUUUGGUACUCAAAGUGAGAAUAAAAAGUGGAAAACCUCAGUAUGUAGGAGUAUGGAAUACAGUUAAAAUAAGGUAUUUUUUUCAAUGAAUUGAAGCGAAUUUGCAGUUGAAGUUAACUUGACAGUGGAGCAAGAAAUAAAGCACAUUAAUUGUCAUACUAGUUAUAACUUAUCAAAACAACCACAGGCCUAGGAGAGCAUGAUGGAAGUAUUGCUUCUCCAUCAGGUCAGAAACUAGUUAAUAGGAAAAGGGGAACAAACUUGCUUUUCCUUUUACCCUGUUCCGUGUGUCCUGAGUGAUUAAUCUGUGCUCUGCCUCAAGCUGUUAAUCUGUAGUGGUGACAUUUCAAUUAUAAACGGCAUUUUGUCCAUCCCCUCUGGAAAUUCUGGAUUUGUCAGUGCUAAAGCAUCACUAGCAUAUGACUGCGGCUUCACUGAUCACGGCACAGCUAAACCUCGUUUGCUUUCAAGAAGCAGUUUUGGAGGUUAUGGUAAUAUCUGCCAACAAACUUUAAUGCAAAAAGAACAUCAGCAAUGCACAUUUUCCAUACAAAACUCAAUUUGAGAGAAUGCUGCCUUGAUGGAAGGAUGGGCAACAGAGUGACUGGGUAAGGCGAUGAUUCUCCAAACUUCCCUGUUUUCUCUAGAAAGACAUGAAGAGUGAAAGUAGCAACAUUAAUAUUCCUGUAGUGGAUUCUUUACCCUAUUGUCUUGCCCCCCAUUGUUUCUAAUUUAAAGAGAUCUGAUAACACCAGGGUGGUUAUUCCAGCCCCAAUUUUGCUGUGCUAUUUAAAGCAAAGUAUUUCUUGCUAUUCAGGAUUAGUCUUCCAAUCUGAUUACUGAAGACUAUAAUUGAUUCUUGCAUCCUGAUAAGAUUGCUUUAUUUAUUUAUAAACUGUUGCUUCCUUUCUACUAGCCAAUGCCUCCUUUGGAAAAAGAAAAUGAAACCCCACUAAUGUCUCUUUUUCCGAAGCCAUUUAUCAUUCUUAUCGCUUUCUUCAGAACUGAUUUCAGUUUCGUUUUGCGAGUAGUUAUAUGUUGAAAAUUGCAACAUUUCAGGUCUCAGCCUCUUGUUUACAGGGAAUGUGCAGCAAGUGAAGGGGCAGAACAAGCCUCUGCUCCCUGGCUCACCAGCCACAUUCCCUGUUAAUGGAAAAACAGCCUCUGCCUGUUGUUUGGGUCUUGGUUGACUGGUAGGAGCUACACUGAGGAAACAGCUUUUGGUAUCUUUAUUUCCUUUCACAGCCGUUUCUUGGGUUGAGAACUUUGUCCAUCCUGCAUGAGCUCCUCAGGGAUGGGGAAACUCCACCACUACCUGGUGGCCACCUGAUUUAAAGAAAACAAACUACAAACUUGGUGACAAUUCUACAUAACUUUAUUUUUUAAUUAUCUUGCUUCACUGGGAUGUUUCUGAUUGCAAACUAAUCAGAUAAAUUUGCAGGAUUAGACUUUAAAAUGCAGGCCAGCAUCACUACGCCUUUGAAGGCAUUCUCACAUUGUAAAUAUUUUUCAGAUAACUUUGAAUUAAACCUUGUCUUAUUUAAAGUUUUUUGUGAUCAUAUUUCUAAUGUAGCUGCUCUCAAUACAGAAUAUUAAAAGGUGGUAUGAUGGAGUAAGAUUGGUUUAAAAGUCAGUAUAUUAGAAUGUUUGCAUUGUGGGUUGAGAGUUUUUAGGGUUAAUGUUUUAAAGGUUUUUCUUUGCUUCAAUAACUAGAAUUCUUAAAAGUGUUAACCUACAGGAGUUAAGGUUUUGAGAAAUCACUGGGAAUACUUAAAAUGUGUUUAAAAUAUUCAGUAUAUGCCAAAAUCUAGUAAUAUUUUAUAGUAUAAAGGGUGUUUCAAAUUAAGUAUUUGUACUGUUAAAGCAGCUUAGGAUCCUGGGUAUGAAAAACCUAUAUGACUUCAUUAAGGCUGUGCCUUGAUUGCAGAGAGGGAGCGUAUUUUAGAUGAGCCUUUGUUUGCCUGAGCAAUUCCACUUUGCUUGUUUAAUGCUAUGGCAGGUAACUCAAAGCCCUGAAACCUCCCCAAACCUUGUCAACAAAAAAAGGCAAACCACAAACCAAAACUAUGGCCAGAGUAACAGUCCUGCUUUGCUUUUUUUUUUUUAAUUGAAUGCUGUGGAAAUGUUUGUGCAAAGCCAGGGAGCAACAGUCUUAAAUUUGAGAAGAAAUUUCUUCUCAGUGAGGGUGCCAGAGCCUGGCCCAGGCUGCCCAGGGAGGUUGUGGAGUCUCCUUCUCUGCAGACAUUCCAACCCGCCUGGACACCUUCCUGUGUAACCUCAUCUGGGUGUUCCUGCUCCAUGGGGGGAUUGCACUGGAUGAGCUUUCCAGGUCCCUUCCAAUCCCUGACAUUCUGUGGUUCUGUGUUUCCUCACCAUCCCCUAGCACAAAACUGAUGUUCACCGUCAGAUCUCCUCCCGGAGCCUCUCCCUGCCCACAAGCCCCUCCGGGAUGGCGGGUCGGUCCCUCCUGCACCGAACACUCAUUAACUCCGCUGCUCUCCUCUGCCCGGGGAGGCCGGGCCUGCAAACCACCGCCACCCCUUCCGCGGGGCGAAGGGCCGGCUGGGCCCCGCCGCGCCAUGGCCGCUCCCCGCUACCUGGGCUGGGACUUCAGCACGCAGCAGCUGAAAGUCAUUGCUAUUGAUGAACAGCUGAGAGUCAUUUAUGAGGAUAAUGUUCAUUUUGAUAAAGACCUUCCGGAAUUUAAGACUCAAGGUGGAGUCUAUAUUCACAGUGACAGACUGACAGUCACUUCUCCUGUGCUCAUGUGGGUUAAGGCUCUGGAUAUGAUUUUGCAAAAGAUGAAGUCUUCGGGCUUUAACUUCUCUCAAGUCAGAGCAUUGUCUGGUGCUGGCCAGCAACAUGGGAGUGUGUAUUGGAAAAAAGGAAGCAUCCAAAUUUUGAAGAAUGCAUCAUCCGAACUGCCUUUACAUCAGUCAUUAAAGGCUUGUUUUUCUGUCAGUAACAGCCCCAUCUGGAUGGAUUCUAGCACCGCUUCCCAGUGCAGCACCCUGGAGAAAGCUGUGGGGGGAGCACAGCGCCUGGCCAGCAUCACUGGUUCUCGAGCCUAUGAGAGAAUCUCCUUGGUUAGUAGUUUUGCAGCUUCCCUUUUCCUAGGAGCUUAUGCACCCAUCGAUUACAGUGAUGGUUCUGGUAUGAACUUGCUGCACAUUUGGGAAAAAGCGUGGUCGGCAUCCUGCCUUGAUGCUUGUGCGCCUGGGUUAGAGGAGAAACUAGGAUGCCCUGUGCCAUCCCAUUCAGUCCUGGGGCCCAUUUCUCCAUAUUACAGCCAGCGUUAUAGGUUUAGCCCAGACUGUAAAGUAGUAGCAUUUACAGGAGACAAUCCAGCAUCGUUGGCAGGGAUGAGACUUCAAGAAGGAGACAUCGCAAUCAGCCUUGGCACAAGUGACACGUUGUUUCUGUGGAUCCAAGAACCAACUCCUGCCUUAGAAGGUCAUAUCCUCUGCAAUCCUGUUGAUUCUCAAGCAUAUAUGGCACUUUUAUGUUUCAAGAAUGGUUCUCUGAUGAGAGAGAGGAUCAGAGACGAUUGUGCUUCAGGUUCCUGGGAUGAAUUCUCCAAAGCUUUAUCAUCUACGGUUGCUGGAAACAAUGGAAACUUGGGUUUCUACUUUGAUGUGAUGGAAAUUACUCCUGAAGCAGUUGGGAUUCACAGAUUCAACAGAGACAACCAAAAGGUUUCAGACUUUCCGAAGGAGGUGGAAAUACGAGCGCUGAUUGAAGGGCAGUUCAUGGCCAAGAGGAUUCAUGCUGAAAAGCUGGGAUAUAAAGUCAUGCCCAGAACAAGGAUUUUGGCUACUGGUGGCGCAUCCCACAAUAAAAAGAUCUUGCAGGUCCUGUCUGAUGUGUUCAACGCACCGGUGUACACCAUCGAUACUGCCAACUCUGCUUGUUUAGGAAGUGCUUACAGAGCAAUUCACGGGCUUGUAGCUGAGACGAAUGUGUCCUUGGCCGAUGUCGUGAAAUUAGCACCGGAGCCUCGAUUGGCUGUUACACCGACCGCUGGGGCUGAGGAGCUCUAUCGUCCACUUCUGAAAAGAUACGCUGAGCUUGAACAGAAGGUUGUCUGCAGCCCAACCUCGUCUUGUCUUGUGAAAUAGAAGGAAACAAAAUUUAUAAGUUGGCUGAAGAGUGGACUCCCAAGGAGAAGAUCAGAAAGGAUUUGCUCAGACUUAACUGGAGCUGUUUAAAUCAUUUUGUUCCUAUUUGCAGACAAAUAAUUUUUAAAUCUGUGUUUGAGUGUGUCAGUGGAAAAAAUUACAUGGUGAUUGAAAACCCGAUUAAAAAAGCAUCAUGUUGC